AUGUCGUUCAAUCCAACCGAUCUUGAUACCAAAUCUAUUGCCACUAUCCGAACGCUUUCAGCUGAUGUUGUAGCAAACGCCAAGUCGGGACACCCUGGCGCUCCCAUGGGUCUUGCGCCGUUGGCCCACCUGCUGUGGAGCCGGGUGAUGACGGCUGACCCGAAAGACUCGCGAUGGAUUAACCGGGAUCGCUUCGUGCUCUCCAACGGUCAUGCGUGUGCCCUGCUGUACAUUAUGCUGCAUCUGAUGGGCUACAAACUCUCGAUGGAUGACCUCAAGGCUUUCCGUCAACUUGACUCUCUUACGCCUGGCCAUCCUGAAGCCAACCACACGGACGGUGUUGAGGUGACAACCGGUCCCCUUGGGCAAGGAUUCGCGAAUGCUGUCGGUCUCGCCAUGGCUCAGGCGAAUGCCGCAGCGGCAUUCAACAAGGAUGGCUUUGAACUGUUCAACAACCGCACAUACGUCUUCCUUGGUGAUGGAUGUAUGCAGGAGGGUGUGGCUUCUGAGGCUGCCUCGAUGGCCGGUCACUUGGGCUUGAAGAAUCUGAUCGCUUUCUACGACGACAACCACAUCACGAUUGAUGGCGAUACCAACUGCGCGUUCACGGAGGACGUGGGCAAGCGGUUUGAAUCGUACAACUGGAAUGUGCUCACUGUGAAAAACGGUGAUGAAGACCUCUCAGCUCUUUGGGAUGCGAUCGUCAAGGCACAGCAGGAGAAGGAGCGCCCCACGUUAGUUUGCGUGCAAACCACGAUCGGUUUCGGCUCGCUGAACCAGGGCAAGGCCAGUGUGCACGGCGCGCCUUUGAAGGAAGAUGAUAUUGCGCAGCUCAAGACUAAAUUUGGGUUCAACCCUGAAGAGAAGUUUGUUGUGCCGCAUGAUGUGCGUGAUGCCUACAAAUCGUACGCUGACCGCGGCGCUGCUAAGCACGCCGAGUGGCUCAAGCUCUUUGAGGAGUAUGGCAAGAAGUACAGCAAGGAAUACGAGGAGAUUAAUCGUCGUAUUGCUCAAAAGCUGCCAGAGGGCUGGGAAAAGGCACUCCCGACAUAUACGCCCAACGACAAACCUAUGGCUACGCGCAAGCUCUCAGAGAUCGCGAUCACAAGCAUCGCGGCACAACUGCCUGAGAUGCUGGGCGGCUCCGCCGACCUGACGGGCUCGAACCUGACUCGCUGGAGCGAUGCCACUGAUUUCCAAAACCCAACGCUCGAGAUUGGUCAAUACAGUGGUCGCUACAUCCGCUACGGUGUCCGUGAGCAUGGUAUGGGUGCCAUUAUGAACGGUCUGCACGCCUAUGGUAUGCACAUCCCGACUGCCGGCACGUUCCUCAACUUUGUUACGUAUGCUUGGGGCGCUGUGCGUCUGUCAUCGUUGUCGCAGUUCCAAGUGAUCUGGGUUGCGACGCACGACUCGAUUGGUCUUGGUGAAGACGGUCCUACCCACCAGCCGAUCGAGACGGCCGCCGCUCUUCGUGCUCUACCCAACAUGGACUUUUGGCGCCCUGCGGACGGUAACGAGGUGUCGGCUGCCUAUAAGAUUGCAUUGGAAAGCCGCAAGACGCCUUCCGUGAUUUCGCUCACGCGCCAGAACUUGCCGCAGCUUGAGGGUUCUUCGAUCGAGAAGGCAUCGCGUGGUGGUUACGUGCUGGUCGAGAACACUGAUGCGGACAUUACGCUUGUGUCGACGGGUUCGGAAGUGUCGAUCUGCUGCGAUGCUGUGGCUAAAUUGGCUGAGCGCGGCAUCAAGGCGCGUAUUGUCUCUGUUCCGUGCUUCCGGGUGUUUGACCUGCAGCCGUAUGAUUACCGCAUCUCGGUGCUGCCAUCAGGCAACCCUAUUAUGUCGGUGGAAGCUUACAGCACAUUUGGCUGGGGUGUGUACUCGCACGUACACCAUGGCAUCAACACUUUCGGUGUUUCGGCGCCGUACCAGAAGGCGUACGAAAAGUUCCAGCUUACCGACCACGAUGUGGCUGACAAGGCCCAGAAGGUUGUCGAAUAUUACAAGAAGCUUGGACAAGUACCCUCGCCCAUUGCCAUCCAGGCUGCCUUGGAGCUGCAGCAGUAG